AUGACUGAUUCGAGGUAAGAGAAAAGAAAGGAACAGAGUAAUUUAUUGAAGUAUAUAUUCUUUCAGUGAUUCCAAAAACGUGAUCUUAGUGUGCAAGCAUGCUUGUCAUGUUCAUAAGCCGCAGGAAUCACCGCAAAUUGUAAUUAUUGGUAUUGAACAUAAAGAAGAAGAGAAGGCAACAGAUUUGAGAAGAAAAAAAGCGUCUACUCGAAUUGUUGAAUCUUCUUCCCAAUCAAGCUAUGCAUCGUCAACAUCAAAAAAAAAUAAGAAAGAGGCAAGAAAGAAGAAAGAGGCAAGAAAGAAGAGAGAGGAAAGUGAUCCAAUAGAAAAAUGAAUAUUUGUGUAUCCUCUGUUUUUCAUCUAAUGUUUAUCAUCCCGCUUAAUGUAUUUCAUCCUUAACGUUUUUCCUACUUAAUGUUUAUCGUUGGAUUUAAUGUUUUUCCUAACUAAUGUUUAUCGUUGGUUUCAAUGUUUUUCACCGAAAUUAUCGUUUUUGAAACGUACAUUUUCCACCCGGAUAUUUUUGGAUGAUAUUUUCUUAUUUUUUCCAGAAUUUUUGAGAGGACUACUGUAGAGUACACGUGGCAAAAUUAAAGCUAAAAAUUUCAGAUAUUUUCAGCCAUUUUUUGGGGCUGAAAAAGUUUUUCACAAUUUUUUUCUUGAUCAAUUUUUCCAGAAAAAAAUUCAAAAACAUUUCCAGAUCCAAAUUUCGUGCUGAAAAUGCUAAAAAAAAAUCUACAGUAACCUGGGGUUUGUGUGAUCAAUAAUGAGUCACAAUUUGACUGUAAAUAUCUGAAAUUAGGGCUUACAAACUAUAUACCAGAAAAAUGCAAAUUUUCUGAGAUUUUCACAAUUCAAGUUAUUUUUCUCAACGCUGAGAAAAGCGAAGAAAACCUAUUCAGGUAGGCUGAGAAAAUACGAAAAAAGUGAAGAAAAUUCAUUUUUCUCCGCAUUUCUCCUGUUUUCUCAGCGUGUUGAGAUAAUACUUGAAUAGCCCCACAAAAAAAAACAGAAAUUGAAAAUAAUUGUAAUUUAACAAAAAAAACGAAAAAAUGUCAAUUAUUAACACAGAGAUAGAUCAAGAAGUAAAGCAUUUUCAGCAAACGUGGUCGAGAUUCAUGAAAAAUUUGAAACGUACAUUUUUCGGGAUUUUUCUCAGAUUCACUAGGAAUCAAAUCUCCAUUAAAAAUUCAUCAAAUUUAUGAAACAGUGAAUUUUUUGUGAAGAAAGUUAUGGAUAUCAAUCAAACUCAUCAACUCAAAAAAGAACAUAGAUCGAUUCAUUUGGUUACACGCUUUUACAGAAAACAUAAAAAAGAGGAAAAAGCAAUGUGCAUUCAUGUUGUUUUUUUAUAAUAAAUUUUUGAAACGUACAUUUUCCACCCGGAUUUUUUUGAAUGAUAUUUUCUGAUUAUUGCAGAAUUUUAAAGAAGAUUACUGUAGGCGUCACGUGGCAUCAUUCAAGUCCGAAAUUUCAGAUAUUUACAGUCAAAUUGUGAGUUUCAGAGCUUUAGAGCACAGAUUCUAGCUCCAUAGCUAAAAAAAAGUCGAUUUUCAGUCCAAUUUUGAGCUCUGGGGCUGAAAAUUCCAUUUUCAGAGCUGCAGAGCUCAAAAACAUCGUGUCAAGCUGUAUUUUCAUCUCUAGAGCAUAAUUUCAAGCUCCGAAAGUCAAAAAAAGGAUUUCUAGUAAAUUUUUUGGGCUCUUGAGCACAAAUUUUAGCUCCAGAACUCAAAAAGGGCUUUUAUUCGGUAAUUUUCAGGUUCCAGGCUUAGAAUCUGCUAUUUUUCAGGCUUCAGGCUUGAAACCUGAGCUUUUUCUCAAAUUUCAGACCUGAAACCUAGGCUUUAGGUUGUUUUCUUCAAAAUUUCAAGAUUUUUCACUGAAUUCCAGCUCUUUACUCAUCCGAAACCUUAAAUUUUCAAAUUUCAAGGUUUCGGGUUCGGGAAAAGCUGAAACUUUCAGAUUUUCAUAAUAUUCUUUGAAUUUUCCCCAAAAAUACUUACAUUUCAUUCAAAAUCCGGUUUUCCAAUUAUUCGAUUCUUGUUUUUUCCGCCAAAAUCCAAUUUCGCUUUCAUCCAACAUGUUUCUAUAAAAAUAAUCAUGAAAAACCCCGGGAUUUUUGAAUUUUCGGUGAAAACACGCUAUGCCAGCCGAUACAAAAAUUAAAUUUCUGGGAGACGCAGACUUUUAACACAGGCAGAGACAUCUCUCGCCUUUCCUUCCCCCUCGGGCGAUACAGUGUGCUGUUGGCAGACACAGCAGACAAGCAGACACACACACAAAACAUAGCGCAUGGCCGCGCCGCUUUUUCGUCUGUCGCUGCGUUUAUAGACCACAUCGGCGUCGCCCUUUGAUGUGUUGAGGUCUCGCAGCGACUUUCUAACCGAAAAUGAAUGUCUGCGUCUCCUCGAAUUUGUGUGGUGGCACGACGUGAAAAAUACGUAAAAAUCGAACCUGACAACUCGAAAUCGGCUUUUUCCGAAACAUCCAUACAAAAAUCGAUUCUGAAAAAAUUAAAAAUCAAUUUUCGACGAAAAAAAUAGAGAAAAAUUAACAUUUCGAGAGAAAACAACUAAAAUACAAACUAAAUUCUUCAAAUUACAUCUAGAAAUCAAAAAAAACUCUUCAAUUUCAGACAAAUUUCAGAUAUUUUCAGAUGACCGCCUCAAAAAAAAAACAAGAAAUGAACAGAAAUGUGUAAACACGUGAGAUCACGCAAUAAUGCACACAAAAAAAUGCGGACGUUUGAAAAUAACACAUUUGGUCGAAGAAGGCGUUAGACGCAGGGAUAACAGGCGUCUUUUGUGUGUUACAACGAAACACACAUCUCAAACAACUGCUACAGUGGUUUUCGCGCGCUCUUCGGAAAAGUUUAGGAGAAUUUCUCCCCUUUUCUUCAUUUUCGGCUGUUUUGUUAUAGGAGACAAAUCAGCGCGUUUCGUAGAUUCGAAUUUUAUCGACCAGCCCUCCCUCCUCCUCCUUUUUUGGCUUUCCAAAAAAGCAAGAAUUUUUAAUUUCCAGAUCCCAGAUUCGAGAAAGUCAAGGAGAUUUUCAACGGGGAUGAAGCCCAAAGACUCGAUUUGUGGCAAAACGUGAUCAAUUGCCUCGAAAAAGACAGGGCGCCAACCACCAUCAAAAUCUACGAACACACUAUGCGAUCCUACAUUCGAUGGAAACAACGAUCAACACCUCGAGGAAGAUUGGGAGAAGACGAGUGUCGGCUUCUCUUCCUGGCCGAGCUCAUCAAGAACGAAAAAGCAAAAUCCGCAAUUUCCGCAAACUGCGCCCUCAACUAUUUCAUGGGCCCGGUGUCAAAACCGAAUCGAUCGUUGCUGAAUUCGAUUAUUGAGGCGGCCAAACGAUCAAAAAGCCCCACAAAACAUCGCGAGAAAGUGGAGCCCGAAGACUACUCCAGCUUCACAAACAUCCAGGAAUUCGAUCGAGAUUCAUUGCGAGUGGCAGCGUUGGGCAUCGUGUUAUUCAGGGGUUUGUUACGGAUUAGCGAGGCUUUGAAUUUGCGGAAGGAGGAUGCGGAAUGGGAGCGCGGAGAACUGAAGAUUUCGAUCAGGACCUCGAAAACGGACAAAUAUCACGAAGGAGCCAAAAGACUGCUGGUUCUGUCAUCAGAAGAACAAGCGAUUUGGCGCGCCCACUCAAAAAACAGCGACAACACCACAAACCCAUACAUUUUCCAAAAUUGGAAUUCGAAGACAACUUCGAUGUCUUAUAACAACGCCAGGAAAGUGAUAAACGAUCGUUGGAAAAAGUGCGGAAAAGUAAAAAAUUAUGGAACUCACGCUUUUCGCGGGGGAGCAGCUUCAGCCGCCAUAAACGAAGGAGUUUCAGCCGAGAAGGUCCUCAGCUUUGGAAGAUGGAAAACCGAGAAGGCCUUCAGAGCAUAUGUGAAACCAACCACUAGAAUAUCAAUUCCAAGAUCCGCGCCAGCUCAACUUGACAAGCGAUCGUAAGUCUUAAAGAAUCUAUACGAAAACGCGGCUAAUUUAGCCAAAAGAAUUGUGAAAAUUUAAUAAAUUUUUUCAGAUCCAUUUCCGCCAACAACGACUGCUGA